AUAAUGUGAUGACGUAAUUGUCCAGAAGGCGGGUAGAAAACAACUGCAAAAAAACAACAACAACAACAACGCAAAAGUUUCUUCCGUUAGAAAUCAUGGAGGAACACAAUUCAGUGUGUUUUUCUAUACUAUGCUUGUUGGUGUUUAGCAGAAUUGAUUAUGUGAAAGGGUGGCAUGGCUUCAACAAUUAUCGAUUCCAUUGUUGGGAUUUAACCGCAUCACAGGAUAAUCAAAAUCCUCUAAAUGAUGAGCAUUGUGAAGAAAACUUCAAAAUGAAAUGGGUGCUAAAGCCACCAGAUGAAAUGCGUGCACAGGAUCCUUUUAAUGUUACUUACUUCCUGCAGGUUCAACCAGGUUUCUAUAAAUGGGCAGUGGACAAUGGUCAUUUCACUGGUGUUGGUCCAGGAGAUUUGGACACUGAAGCAAAGGCAAAAACUUGGUGUGAAGACACGUCAUGUCCAACAGAUGGUAGGACAAUAAAAAAGACUGACUGCUGUGUACAUCACGUGAAUGUUCAUUCUUGUCCCAAAGAAAAAGGAGGACUAUGUGGUCCAUGGCUGAAACAUGAUGGAUCUACAUACACUCACUCGGCUGUUAAAGUUGGACCAAUAGAUCAAGGAAACUGGACAAGUCUUAUACCUGGUAUAGCCACGGAUGGGUUGACAGAUCUCAUUGCUCAUUUCAAGAUUGCUAAUAUGCAACUGGCUCUUCAAGCAACAAUUAAAGUACUUCCAAGAACAGUGUGCGGUGAUUCUAAUUGUGAAACAACUGAGGGUGAAAAUUGCGAGACCUGCCCAAAAGAUUGUGGUAAAUGUCCCUUGAAAACAUGGGAAAUUGGACUUAUUGCAGCUGCUGGGGUUGUUUUUAUUGGCACAAUAGCUGGAAUAUAUGGGUACUUUGCUUGGCAGAGAAGAAAGUUACUUUGGGAUGAGACAUGGAUAGUACCAUUUGAAGAUGUCAAACUAGAUGAAGGUUUGCGUGGAGCCUUUGGUAGUAUGAUAGGAAGUGCUGUAGAGUUAAAUAAGAAACAGUCAGAAGGUGGUGUUAGUGUAAUGCAAACAGGAGGAAAACAAGUGUUUGCACAGACAUGCCAAUAUGAUGGCAGAACAUGUGCUGUGAGAUCUGUUACUAAACAAGACUUCAGUCUUACAAAGAAAGUCCGUCUGGAAGUCAGAGAAAUAAGAGAAUGUGACAAUGUAAAUUUGUGUAAAUUUGUUGGUGCCUGCAUCGAGAUUCCAAACAUGUGUAUACUGUGUGAGUACUGCCCUAAGGGAAGUCUUUCAGAUGUUCUGCUCAAUGAGGAGGUCCCACUCAACUGGGCUUUCAGGUUUUCAUUUGAGGGUGACAUCGCAAGAGGCAUGGCAUAUCUUCAUUCUCGGAAAAUAAUCCAUGGUCGACUGACUUCUAACAAUUGCGUAGUGGAUGACAGAUGGACAGUAAAAAUUUCAGAUUUUGGAUUAAACACUUUACGUUUUAAUCAUAUCACUGAUCCAAUGGAGCUGGAAGAGAAGGCUUACCGAGUUCAACGUACACGUAUAUACAUGGCACCAGAAUUCGGAGAUGCUGACCCAUAUGAUUACAAUGCAACAAUGCCUGGUGAUGUUUAUGCCUUCGCAAUAAUUAUGCUUGAAAUUGCCAUAAGAAAUGAUCCUUAUGGG